AUGGUAGGGCUAGGAAACAGCUGCCGAGGGAUGAAGUCUCCACCUCUUCUCGUGGCUGCGCUCGUGGCAUGCAUCAUUGUUUUGGGUUUCAAUUACUGGAUUGCAAGUUCUCGCAGUGUGGAUCUGCAGGGUCGGAUCAUGGAUCUGGAAGGCAAAGUCCGCAGGGCGGCAGCGGAGAGGGGCGCUGUGGAGCUCAAAAAGAAUGAAUUCCAAGGGGAGCUAGAGAAGCAGCGACAGCAGAUUGACAAAAUCCAGUCCUUGCACAGCUUUCAGAUGGAAAAUGCCAACAGAGUACAUCAGGAAGAGAAGGCAGUGCUGAUGAGUAACAUCACAGUAAACGAACGAUUGAUCCAGAGUCUACGAGAACACUUGAAAGAGCUACAGAUAGAAUAUGGAAAGCUACAGCUGGAUGUUUACAGGUUUCAGAAGAACCAGACUAACCUUCAGAGGAAGUUCUCCUAUGACCUGUCACAGUGCAUCAACCAGAUGAAAGAAUUAAAAGAACAAUGUGAAGAAAGGAUAGAUGAGCUUACAAAAAAGGGUGGUGAUGUACCACAAAUCAAAGAAAACAAAGACUUCUCAGAAGAUUCAAAAAAAAAUAUCCAGGUUAAUAUUCAACUGCCAGCCUCGAUGCAAGCUGAGUUCAAGCAGGCUGACUUGGAACAGCAGAAACAAAAUGAAGAUGUACCUAAAGCAGUACCUACAGUAAAAAAGACAGACCUGCUGCAGGCUAAAGAAAGAAUAAAUGACCUAGCUGACAUCAGAAAACAGGAGCCUAAGGCAGAAGAAGAGAAGAUUUCCAGUGAACUGAAAAACCCACAGGAUGCACUCAAGGCCACUGCAGGUCAUAAGGAGAUGCUGCCUGAGUCAGAGAAGGAGCUGAAUCCAUCCGAAGAUGAAAAACGUGUAGUAGGGCAAGAUGCGUUACAGCCGGCAGCGGAGCAAGCUGCCAGUGAGGAAAUUGAGAGGGAGCAGCUCUUGAAUUACGAUGCUAAGCAGGACGACUCGCCGCCCGGAAAGGCUGACAAACAGGAACAUGAAGCACUGAACCAGGACAAGGAUGUUGAUUACAAUUUAGAUGAGAAUGAAGCUGAAUCAGAAACAGACAAGCAAGCAGCACUUGCAGGGAUUGAAAAUGUUCAAAACCCUGAAGAUACGAAGAACCACUUGUCUGAGCAAGGUGAAGAACGACAGAGGUUGUGA